UACACUAAUUUGCUGUUUCACAAGUUCUCACACAAAAUACACUGUCCAAUGGCUUCUAACUAUGCAUUUUUUGUGCAUGUCAUAACUUCUUUAAUAUGUACAAUUUUCAUAGUAGCUUUUGCUGGAAAUUUAUAUCAAGAUGUUGGUAUCACUUGGGGAGAUGGGAGAGGUAAGAUUGUGAACAAUGGUCAGCUUCUUACUCUGUCUCUAGAUAGAACCUCUGGCUCUGGCUUUCAAUCCAAUAAUCAAUAUCUUUAUGGAAAGAUUGACAUGCAAAUUAAACUUGUUCCUGGAAAUUCAGCUGGCACAGUCACUGCUUAUUAUUUACGUUCAGAAGGGUCAUUGUGGGAUGAAAUAGACUUUGAAUUCUUGGGAAAUUUGAGUGGUGAUCCUUACAUAGUUCAUACAAAUGUGUACACCCAAGGCAAAGGGGACAGAGAGCAACAAUUCUAUUUAUGGUUUGACCCAACUACAAGUUUUCAUACCUAUUCUUUUCUCUGGAAUCCUGCACAUGUUGUAUUUUCUAUUGACGGCAGACCAAUUAGGGAAUUCAAAAACUUGGAGAGUGAAGGUGUUCCAUAUCCAAAGAAGCAGCCAAUGAGAUUAUAUUCAAGUCUAUGGAAUGCCGAUGAUUGGGCAACAAGAGGUGGUCUUGUGAAAACAGAUUGGAAUCAAGCUCCAUUUACUGCUUCUUUUAGGAACUUCAAAGCCAAUGGUUGUGUUUUGUCCAAUGGAAUUUCUUCUUGCAAAUCCAACUCUUCUUCUGACAAUGCUUGGUUGUAUCAACAACUGGAUUCUACAAAUCAGAAAAGACUCAAAUGGGUCCAGAAGAAUUACAUGAUUUACAAUUACUGCAAUGACCUUAAACGAUUCCCUCAGGGUCUCCCUUUGGAAUGCAUUGUCCGUACCAACUCAUAAGAAUUAAGAGGAGUACAACUUUUACUAGUUUAUUACCUGUAAAAUAUGUGUGCAUUUUUUUUAACCAUCUUUCGAUUGCCAUCAUUCUUUAAGCUAUGUCAUUUGAGUUAUUAUUAUGUUCAAAAAUAUUGGAAGCAUUUUAACAACUACUCAAAUUAAUAAAACCAAGGAAUUUUAGCAGCAUUCUUAAAA